AUGUCGAAGAGAAUAAUGUGUGAAGUAUUCUGUACUGCUGAAGAUAUGGGACUUCAAAUCUUCUACCAGGACUGUGAUAGCAUGCAUAUUUUCAAUGAAGACAUACCACGUUUAGCUCAAGAAUUUAAGAAGAGAUACGGUAGAGAACUUAUUGGUAAAACAUUAGGUCAAUUUCAUAGCGACUUUGCAGAAAUAACACCUGGAAAACAAAGUUUAGCAUACAAGUCAAUAUUUUGUGGAAAGAAGACUUACAUAGACUUACUCACUAACGAUUUAAAUGAAGUUGCAUUCCAUGCACGUUGCAAAGGUGUCAAACAAGACGUCCUUGCUUUAACAGCUAAUGAAAUGUUUCCUGAAGCUAUACAAUGCUAUUACAAUGAAGAUAAGAACAUUCACAUACCUGUUGGAACAUAUGACAAAGACUCUGAGUUCAGUUUAAUGAAACUUUACAAAGCACUUCAUGAUGGUCAAGAGAUUGGAUUUGACUUAUGUAAGUCAUGUCAACCUUGCUUUGAAGAGAAGUUUAACUUCUCAAUAACGACUAAAACAAGCUUUAUUCGUAAGUUGAAGUUCUGA